AUGGCGAGCUCCAUCACUUUGACCAGCUCUGAUGGCGUUGACAUUUCAGUCGAGCGCGCAGUCGCUGAACGCUCCGUUCUCAUUAAGAACAUGCUGGAGGAUCUCGGCGACUCCGGCGAAGCCAUCCCCAUCCCUAAUGUCAACGAGCCCGUCCUGAAGAAGGUGGUCGAGUGGUGCGAACACCACAAGAACGACCCCCCCACUGCGGGCGACGACGACGACAAUCGUCGCAAGACCACUGACAUUGACGAGUGGGACCAGAAGUUUAUGCAGGUUGACCAGGAGAUGCUGUUUGAGAUAAUCUUGGCCGCCAACUACCUGGAUAUCAAGGCCCUCCUCGAUGUCGGCUGCAAGACCGUCGCCAACAUGAUCAAGGGCAAGUCGCCCGAGGAAAUCCGCAAGACCUUUAACAUCCAGAAUGACUUCACGCCCGAGGAGGAGGACCAGAUCCGUCGCGAGAAUGAAUGGGCCGAGGAGUGA